UCCUGAGGUCAAUCAGUGUAGCCGGGAACAGCCGGGGCAGGGUGAAGUCUAUUGCAUUGAAGAACGUUUCAGGUCAUCAGUACAAACAAUGCUGAGUCUUAAUCCAUCAUGGAAAGCGUUUGAUUAUGGAACAACCCACUUCUGGGCACACUAUGGUCUCUGCACGUUUGGUUUUCUGCUGGCAGUGAUUACUUAUGUAACACAGGCUGCUAAGCCAGCUCCUUAUGGAAAACACCAGACAACUAACCAUUCAUUUGGCCCAUUGGUUCAUCAAAGACUUGCACACACUGUAUCAGAUGCUAUCCCAGGGAUCUUUCUGUUUUCACUUGUAUUUUUUCACUAUGGAAUUAAGAAAGAAACCACCAACUUGUUAUUUUACUGUAUGUGGCUCUCUCAUUACCUACAUCGUGGAAUUAUCCACCCCUGGAUCAUGCGAUACAGUAGUCCAAAGACCCCUGUGGGUAUAUCCUUGGGGGCACUGUUUCCUAACCUUCUGUACAGUUUCCUUAAUGCUGAUUGGAUCGGUACUGCAGACUAUGGUUUGUAUUACUACAAAGACCCAUGUUUUGUCAUGGGUGUCAUGUUUUUUGUCACAGGAUAUUUUAUUAACCGCUAUGCAGACUUGUUACUUCGUAGACUAAGAGCUGAAGAUAGUUCCAAAUACUAUGUACCUCAUGGAUUCUUGUUUGACCUGAUUUCCUGUCCAAAUUAUUUUGGUGAGAUGCUUGAGUGGUUUGGCUGGGCAUUAGCAACAUGGUCUGUAGCUGGUGUAGUUUGGUUGUUGUUUUCCAGUGCCACAUUCAUACCAAGAGCCAGAGACAACCAUGAAUGGUAUACAAAGAAGUUUGCUGAUUAUCCUAAGAAUCGAAAGGCUUUGAUUCCCUUUUUGUAUUGAACCUAACUGAUGUUAAUAUCAGUCAAUAUUAUUCAGAACAAAUUUGAUUGCUAUUGUGUAACAGUUGUAGUAGAAACAAUA